AUGUCUGAUAUUGACGAGAGCAUCUACCUAGGGCUGGAUUAUUGGAAUGUCCUAAUCCAACUGAAGACCGAAGCAGCGCAGAUCCAAAUUAAUAGUAGGGCAUUACGCAAGCAGCUGUUAGCCAAGGCCCACCAGAACCCGCGUUCAGUGACCCUCUGGUCCAUCCGGUCCCUUACGGGUGGAGAAUGCGGCGAUCCGUCCUCUGAAGGCGACGCCUGA